AUGAGCCAGUCUAUGGGAUUCAACUGGGGAUUCAAACCUAGCAGCGACGCUUGUACUAGCAAUGCGUCUUCUGCUUGCAAGAUCACAAAGCCAAGGGUGAAAAGAAGGUUCGGCACCGAGGAAACGGUUUCAGCACCAGUCACAAGCUAUAUCAAGCCUGUAAGAACCAUUGCAAGGCGCAGAACAGCAGUUUCCGGGAUUCAGGGUCAGCCUUUGCCGCUUUCUCGAGCGCUGGAGCUCAUGGAUCGCAAUUUGCUCGAGUCAACGCUUUUGGAAUUGGUCAAAUUGCAUCCGGAGAUUCAAAGCACUUUCAUGGCAUUACAACCUCCCUCGCGUACUGUAGAUCAGUACGUUGCAGUUCUACGGGCGAAGCUGAACCACAUCUUCCAAAACCUGCCUUACUCCAAGCUGCGAGGCUCGCUGUCAAACGAAGAAAACGAAGGCCUUAACGACUACGCAUUUGUACGGGUCAAAUCAAGUGUUAUGGAAUUUCUCAACUGCCUCGUGGACUGCUUAUUGGAGAGCAUUCCUCCACAAACCCAAUCGGCAUUGCAUUCGCUCAAAGUUCUGGACGCAGCUACCGAACUCUUGAGUCAAGUCCCUCAUUUCUCUACUGCUAGCAAUAAUUACUACAAGAACGUGUGUUACGAGCAGGUUGGUGAGAUCUGGUGUACCGUGAUACGCCAGGUCACGCAGGAUAUUACUUUCACCACCUCUACGACGGGUAUUGUGGAUUGGCUACAGAUUUUGCAAAAACAUAACGAAAACUCGCAUGGUAGAUUACAGAAACCGCUCCAACUCUUGGAAACCUUUCAAGAACCUUUGGAUCCAUCCCAAACGCAGUCUACCCUUUCUCAGGAUCAGCAUUCUUCAAAUGUAUGGAGCAAUUUAGUUUAG